AUGUACACAAACACUUUGGCUAAGGGUAUUACUAAAAACUACCUAUCUAGGAAUAUUAGAGUUUCUAGGUUCUCGACUUUUCUUCGUUUAAGAAACACAGCUGCUGCACAUUCAACAAGCAAUGCAUCUUCUGUGAAUGCUAGUGCGCCUAAAAAGUACUCCAACUACUGGAUAGCUAGUACAUUAGGUCUAGGUGUCGGUGCUCUGUUAUACUCGUAUCAAACCGCUGGUAAGUUACCAGAAAUUGAAUAUUUUGAGAUUAAUGAUCAAAUUAAUUCUUUUCCAAGUGCAUUACGUCCACCAUUGUACCCAUUAUCUACUAACUACUCUUUAUUAGGUCUGGGUGUGAGAUCUGUAAUUGUGGAAAGUUUUAAAGUAUAUGGUCUUGGUAUUUAUAUUGCUGAUAGCGACAGGAAGUUGGUACCAAUGAUCCUUAACUCUUUCUUUUUAAAGAAAGCGUUUAUUGAUACAGAUGAAAGUAAGACUCAUAAAGAAAAUGUCAAGGCUGCACUUGAUGAUCCUGUAAAAUCUGUCAUUUUGGCAAGAAAUUUAUUGGAUGGUGGUGUUAGAAUGACUGCAAAAUUCACUCCAAUUAAAAACACUAACCUGACAUUUGUUAGAGAAGGUAUCAUCAAAACUAUUUGGAAUCAUCCAGAUGCUGAAGCAAACAAAGAGAUUUUAGAAAAAGGUAUUGAUGAAUUGAGAAAGGCAUUCAACAAAAAGGGUUCUUUCUUGAAAGAUGAUGAUCUAUUGAUGGAAUUAAAUGCUGAUGGUAGUUUACAAAUAACUUAUGUUAAUUGUAAACAUGGUGAUAUUUACAAGAUGGACUUAGUUAAAGAACCAGCUGUCGGUAGAUUUCUGUUUAGUCAAUACAUGAGUGGUCCAAAUCCAUUGUCAGUUCCAUGCAAGAACGAAAUUGUAAAAUCUCUAGUUGAUCUAGUUUGA